AAUUGUAAACAAAGCAUCUAAUUGGACGAGAAUGAAAUUCCGCCUUGCCAGUGCGGCGAUGCGGCUAUAGAACUGCAAGGUUUAGCAUAAUGGCCGCAUCGAAUGCUAAACGUUUUAGGGGGUUUGCUACAGCGCUCCCAAUGUCUUCUACGCCUCGUGAAGAUGAACACGCAACAGGUAGCAAUGGCGCACCAAAGCAACGAUCCGCCGUACAAUCAGCUUGGAGACACUGGCGUGUUUGUUGUUAACCAGCAGCCCCAGCUAAGAAGGCAAUUUCAGUUUCCUAUCAGGUUUCAAUCUGGACCUGUUUUGGCCGUGUCGAUUGUGAAGUGUAUCAUCGGGUCUCUUCAGUUCCUAUUUGGCAUAAUCAACAUUAUCUUUGUUCCCUUCUUCACCUCAUAUGUUGCAUUCCCAAUAUGGUGCGGUCUUUUGCAAAGCCCAGCUCUUACAAGGUCUUACUGACAACAUUAAAGCGAGAAUGUUGAAUGCCAGCAUCGAGCAAGCCUUGAAGCAGCUAGAGAUUUUUGUGCCGGAGAACUGGCCAUCCAAUGUUGAUGUUUUGGAAGCUGGCUGGAUGGUUGGAAGGAGAAAGAUUACUGUUUCUUGCAAAUGGGGUCAUUGGUUGCAUUCUUAGGAAGGUGAAAUCGAAAUGCUUGAUUGCUGCAUUUUGUGGCCUAAGUAUCGCAUCAUUGGUACUAACCGUUCUUAUGCUGGUAUUAUACGUGAUUUCCUUGGUUUACUUCAUUGCUUUGGACACUGGUUUUACCAGCUGCGGCACUUAUGGCUGUUCCUUCAUCAGAACAAUUGCAAGUUCCACUGUGGAGGCAUCAAUUGGUUUAUUAGGCUUCCUGAUGCUGUUGAUCUUGAUUGAGCUUGGGUGCUCAAUUGCUGCCGUUUUUUACUCCUGCAAGGCCUAUUCAAAAUGCUGUUCAACCUGCCUCAUCAAAGACUGUUGUGCCUGUGUCGGCUGCUGUGAAUGCGAUACAAGGCGAUUGAAUGAUAACAUUCAGCCUGCAGCAAUUGAAUUAGGAAGACAAAAUUUCCAGUCGCCAAACCAAUACGGGCGUGAUAAUUUGCCAAGGGCACACCAGCAAACACAACAGCAACAGCCACUGCCACAGCCACAGUCUCUCUCACAACAAGCACCUCUGUCACAGCAACAGCUUCUGUCACAGCAGCGGCUUCUGUCACACCAACAGCUUAUGGCACAGCAACAGCUUCUGGCCCAGCAACAGCCACUGCCACAGCAACUGCCUCUGUUUCAGCAACAGGCGCUUUCGCAGCAACACCAAGCUUUUGGACCUAACCCGUGCAGUGCAUUACUCAAUGUGAUCAUUAACAUGCCUGGAGCGUCUUAUUUGGUUGACACAGCAAAACCAGGCCAAAAUAAUUUGCAAGUUCAGACAACGAGUUCGGCAAUCCACCCUAGAGAUGGAAUGCAACCCCAUGGAAGCAGUCAGCAUACAGCGGAGGAAAAGCAGGCAGUGAACCCAAGUGCCCAGCAGAUUAACCCGAAUUUUACUGAAUCUUCUAUGAUGGGAGCCCAAAAGAUGUAGCACUCCGCAAGAGGUUAUCCAGACAUGCUUGUCAAAAGUGAGGCCACGAAGAGGUUCUUUUUAACCGCACGUUUGUUGUGAUUUUAUGUAGCUGACUAGUCAUGAGAUUGACCAAUACUUAAUAUACUUUUUCAUGCAUGUCAUUAAUUAUCUUUUAUGCCUAAUUCGCAGUCAACACAUCUUAUACAAUUAUGAUUCACUUCAUCAGA